GGUUGCCAAAAUAUGUAUUGGAAAAAAAACAAACUCAAUUUGUUCUACUCGUAUAUUAAGACAGGAAAAAAUUAAUAUUUCGGAGCAAACAAACUCGGUGAAAACUUAAUCGAAAUUAGACGAAGAGAAUUGAGAGUAAUUGAGUUGAACGUUUUUUACAGCAAUCAAUUAGUGCGUCUAUAGUGAAAAAUGGCUACACUUCUCAGUGCAUCUUCCACUCCUAAAAGGGUUGUACAAACUCUCAGCAACAGACAAGGCAGUGUCUACGAUUUAGAUAUUGAUAUGUUUCUCAAAAUUUCAAACUACGAAGACACUGUUAGACAAUUGGAUAUUUAUUAUGGCAUUGUUAAAAGACAAAUUCUGAACCAUCAGAGCUGCAUCACUGGAUUGUUUCCACUAGUAUCCAGUAACAAAACAGAGGCCAGUGUGAGAGAAAGUAUUUAUUGUGCUGCUGCAAUAUGGAGUCUUUACCAGGCAUAUAGACGAAUUGAUGAUGACAGAGGUAAAUCCUACGAGCUUGGACAGUCGGCGAUAAAAUGUAUGCGUGGCAUUCUCCAGUGUUGGAUCAGGCAAUCCAACAGAGUGGAGUUAUUCAAACUCAAUCAGUGCAAUCGUUUUUCACUCCAUUGCAAAUUCCAUUUGGAUACCGGUGAUGAAAUUUACAAGGAUGAAGAAUAUUACCACCUACAAAUCGACGUGGUUUCUCUGUACCUCAUAUUUUUGGUACAAAUGAUAUCUUCAGGGCUACAAAUAAUUUACACUCAAGAUGAAGUUGCGUUUAUCCAAAAUCUCGUCUACUACGUAGAACGAGCAUAUAGAACACCGGAUUAUGGAAUGUGGGAAAGGGGAAGUCGUUACAACGACGGAACGCCAGAGAUUCAUGCGAGUUCCAUUGGCAUGGCAAAGAGUGCGUUGGAGGCCAUCAACGGAUGUAAUCUUUUUGGUGAAAAAGGUGCUUCCUGGUCGGUUAUCUACGUCGACAUCGAUGCGCACAAUCGUAAUCGCAGUAUUUUUGAGACCAUGCUGCCUCGAGAAUCAACUUCAAAGAGUGUUGACGUAGCUCUCUUACCGACAAUUUCAUUUCCUGCUUUCGCGACUCACGAAGAAUUCUUGUACAGUGAAACGAAGGCAAAUAUUGUGCGAAAGUUACGAGGCCACUACGGUUUCAAACGCUUCGCUAGAGACGGUUUCAAAACGGUGAUCGAAGAUCCGAGCCGACGUUAUUAUAAAUCUGGAGAGAUUAAGGAUUUUGAUAAAAUUGAAUGCGAGUGGCCGCUCUUCUAUAUUUACAUGAUAAUUGACGGUGUUUUCAAAACACUUCCGGAGCAAGUCGAAGAGUAUCAGCACUUGCUCAGGGCUCGAAUUCAUAAAGAUGCAAAUGGGGAUCCAAUCAUCCCCAUGUAUUUUUAUGUCCCGGAAAAAAACUUGGAAGUCGAAAGACACGAGCCGGGCACCACGUUCCGUGUCGCCAGCGCCGAAGGUACAGCUCACAAAACUCAUAACGAAACUGAGGGAACCACUCUAUAUUUGUGGAACCAAGCCAUGUUCAUUAUUGCACAGCUACUCACUGCAGGCCUUUUGCACAUCAACGAAUUAGAUCCUAUUAGACGCUAUUUACCCUCAUAUAAUAGGCCCCGCAGAGCCGGAAGAUAUUCCGCUUUUCAAGCCAAACCCAGCAUCGGAACGCAUACGGAUCUCGUGGUGCAAAUUGUUUUGAUUGCGGAAUCGAUGAGGCUCCAGGCGAUGAUGGCGACUUAUGGAAUUCAAACGCAAACUCCCCACGAAGUUGAGCCAGUUCAAAUUUUGUCCUCGAUACAAUUGGUGAAAGUUUAUCAAAAGUUGGGAGUCAACAGCAAGUUAAAUCUUCAGGGCAGGCCUGCCAGACCUAUUGGUUCAUUGGGUACGAGCAAAGUGUACCGAGUCUGUGGCAUGACAGUUCUCUGUUAUCCGCUGAUUUUCGAAGUUUCUCAAUUCUAUUUGUACCGUGACAUGGCCCUGUUGAUCGACGACAUAAAAACGGAGCUGAAAUUCGUUGGGAAAUACUGGAGACUGUCCGGUCGACCAACCGUUUGCCUCUUAAUAAGAGAGGAACACAUGAGAGAUCCUCAAUUCAAAGAGAUGCUGGACCUUCUUGCGAUGUUGAAGAAAGGGUAUUGCGACGGUACCAAAGUCCGAAUUGGUCGUCUUCAGAAUUUAAUAUCGUCGUCUUGUAUCGAACAUCUCGAUUUCGUUAGCACUAUAGAAACGGAUCUUGAGUUGAAACAAUUCAAGCAACUGGAACACGACUACAUCGGCUAUCAGAGUUUGACCGACGUGCCGAGAACUCUUACUUACACCGAGGACGUAAUUGACAAUGCGAAAUUUUCCAACGAACCAACCCACGGUAUUUUGGACGAGAUUCGCCGAACCGAGGGUCUUUACUCGAAAUGUCAACUGUACGGUAUUCUCAUGAAACGGGAAGGCAUCAAUUACGAAGUUAAUGGGACGACGGUCGGUGAUCAUCUUCGAGCUUUGUAUCAACGCGCCGGUGACCUCAGAUAUUGGAUGGCAGUUCGUUAUUGCAGUAGUUUACUGAAUCACACUGUUGAUAGUAUUAGCCCUUUUAUUACGGGAGUUCUAGUCAAAGGAAAACAGAUUACCGUUGGAGUGAUCGGACACGAAGAAACGGUUUUUGACAAGCCCAUGACUCCAGCGGAAAUACAAUCCGUAAUGUACUCAACGAUUCAACCUCACAAUGUCGUGCAAGCAGUGCUGCAGCAAGAAGUUUUGCUCUAUUGCGGUCGUUUGAUCGGCACGAAUCCCGACAUGUUCAAGGGAAUCCUUAAAAUUCGGAUCGGGUGGGUCCUGGAAGCAAUGAGACUUUAUCUGGAAAUGUCUGUCGAAAAUCCAAAGCCAAUUGAAAAUUACAGCCCGUUCGAGAUUAGGAAGAUACUCAUCAAAGUCUUGACAGUCAAAGAUUGGGAAUCUUCAGAAAAUUUGACGGUCAUUAGUAGAAGAAAAAUUGAGGGCAGCUUGUGUCGUGUACCCGCCCGUUUUUACAACCAAGUCUGGGAAGUCCUGAUGCGUUGUCCCGAGGGCAUUUGCGUCAAUGGACGAGAGUUGCCUCAGCAACCGACUCUCUCGAACAUGACUCGAUCGGAGCUGACUUUUGCCCUUUUAGUGGAAACAAUUUUGCAUCACAUAAGCAAACCGGAAUACAGACAAAUCAUCGUCGAGCUUCUCAACAUAGUCGCAACGAUUCUUCUUCGAAAUCCGGAGUUGAGUUUUAACCGACAACUGGACUUGAACAAGCUCGUCGAAGAUGCAGUGAUAAUGUACUGUAAAGACACCAACGCCGAAAAACCGGACGACAUGGAGCCCUUCUUCGCCGCCCACUAUUCCGUAACUACCGGAUAUCUCGCGAGAGCUGUCGUCAACAAUGUUUUAACCGGGGGUUGCGUCACAACGAUGUUCGACGUGAAUCACAGCGUUGAAUCCACAGAAAUGUGCCAUAUUACGUAAAAGUUAGGCCGAGAUGAUUCAUAGACCUUUUUCUCUUGUCACGUUCUUCAGGAGCUAUAAGCUUCACGUCGAAAAUCAUAGGCGAAACAAAAUAUUUGCCAUUAUUUGUGCACAAGUAAAAAGGUCCAUUAGACUCUGAAUAGAAGCGUUUGUACUAUUUACAACGGAAGUACAUUAAAUUGUAAAUACGAAUGAAAUAUCGCGUGAAUUAUAUUUUUAUGAAAAAUUUUGUCUUUUCUGACGAGUGUUGAGUUGAAUAAAAAUAUUCUAUAAUUGUU